UAACAGUCGUAGUGGUAACAAGGAACUGGCAAUUUCAAUAUCUCAUCAAUAUUUCGUAAAUUCAGAACACUUCUAUAAUAGUACACAUAUCCAUAUAUCUUUCUUCACACAUAGUGCGAAGAACCUCUAUUAUGUACCAUAAUUUAUUCGCGUUCCUCGUUCUAACCAUCUUCUAUUCGCACGUCGAUUCACGAGUUAACCGCUGCGAGCCACCGGACUGGUUCUUGUGCCAUGAUGAGAAACGAUGUAUCGCAUCCUUUUUCUUAUGCGAUGGAGACAGCGAAUGCAAUGAUAAUUCGGACGAAAUAAAUUGUCUCGAAUUCAACUCUACCAAUUCCAUGGUUCGAUGCGCAACGGACGAAUUUCAAUGCGCAGAUAGAUCUUGUAUACCGAUCGAUAGAUUUUGUGAUGGAAAAAUCGAUUGCCCAGACAAAAGCGACGAAGAAGACAGUUGCGUGAUAAAUUUAUCAUGCGAUGGUUUUCGUUGCGCCAAUGGUCGUUGCAUAAAAAAGGAAUGGGUUUGCGAUGGCGUUCCUGAUUGUCUCGAUAGCAGUGACGAACAAAAAUGCGAUAAUAAAACGAUACCUGCCAGCGAAUGUAACAGCGAAAUCGAUCGAUAUUUGUGUAAAAAUGAAAGAUGUAUCCCUCUGAACUUAACUUGUAACGGGAAAAACGAUUGUGGCGAUGAUUCGGACGAAAAUGUCGUUGAAUGUGAGAAGGCUGACGCUGAGUGCAAACAAACAUCUCACUGCGAACACUAUUGCAGAAAAACACCCCAAGGUGCUCAGUGCUCUUGUCGUUUGGGUUACGAAUUAUCGAACAAUCGUACAUGCAGAGAUGUGAACGAAUGCGAGAAUUAUGGUACAUGCGAUCAACAAUGCAUAAACACUGUUGGGUCUUAUAAAUGCGCGUGUCAACCUGGUUACACCUUAAACGACGAUAAAAUCUGCAAAGCUGAAGGUGGUGAAGCUUCGUUGGUGUAUUCGAUAAAAACAGAGAUCCAUGGCAUAUAUCUCAACUCUGAAGUAUAUUUCCCGAUCACUAGUAAUUUGCAACACGCCGUGGCCGUUUCCUUAGAUGCAAAUUACGUAUAUUGGUCCGACAUCGAAAACGGAAACGAAGCGAUAAUUAAGAGUUUAGAGGAUGGUUCCAAGAGAGAAGUCAUCGUCACAACAGGUCUAGGCAGUCCUGACGAUAUAGCUGUGGAUUGGAUAACGGGCAAUAUAUAUUUCACCGACAGCGAUUUCGCGCAUAUUGGUGUUUGUAGUAAUGAUGGUACUUAUUGUAGCGUUAUAGUUAAGGAACAAAACGAUAAACCAAGGGGCCUUGCUUUGUUACCAUCAAGGGGUUUAAUGUACUGGACUCAAUGGGGCUCAAAUUCGCGCAUAUUAAUGGCGAGCAUGGACGGAAAAAAUAGCACCGCGUUAAUAACAGAGAAAUUGGAAUGGCCAAACAGUUUAUCUAUCGAUUACGCGAACAACAGAUUGUAUUGGAUAGAUAGUAAAAUAAGAGUAAUCGAAUCGAUACGACUAGAUGGUUCCGAUCGCAGGACUGUAUUAAACGGUGUGGCAAAGAAACCGUUCUCGUUGGCUGUAUUCGAGAAUAAACUGUAUUGGAGCGACGCGAUAUCAAACACCAUACAAUCGUGUGAUAAAUUCACUGGUAAAGAUUGGAAAGCUUUCGUGCACUCGAAUAACUCUAUUUAUGGGAUGCAUAUAUACCAUUCUGUUUUAAAACCCAGGAUUUCGAAUCCAUGCAAUUCAAACCCUUGUUCGCAAUUGUGUUUGCUAAAUUCAGAGAGUGGGUAUUCAUGUGCUUGUACGUUGGACAAAGAACUCAAUUUAGAUCAACACACAUGCCGUGUUACCAAAAAGAGAAUGCGUCUUAUCAUCGCGGCAGGAAGUACAUUCAUAAAGUACGAGCAUGAAUUGCUGGGGAAACCAAAAAUAACAAAUAUUAAUACAUUUAAACACAUCACCGCGGCUGUUUAUAAUCCUCUUACUGGUGAUUUGAUCGCGAACGAUCAAUUGUCGGACACCAUUUUCAAAUUCGACCGGGAAUUUACCGGAGGCCUAGAAAACGUGAUAUCUACGAACGAUACAAUAGUGAGCGGAAUGGACAUCGAUUAUGUUGGGAAUAAUUUGUAUUUAUCGAAUAUGAAACUCAAAACUAUCGACGUUUAUAACUUGAAAACCUACAACAAAACGGUUUUCUAUUUCCAAGACGAACCUCAUGAUAUCGUGCUCGUACCGGAAGAAGGUGUGAUGUUCGUCGUUUUUGGCGCGAAUGGAAAGUAUCGCAUAGAUACAAUGAAAAUGCAUGGAAUUGGACCCAGAAUUACGGUCGAAGGAAAUAAAACCCCUUUGUUUGGACCGAAAAUAUCAUUGUAUUACGACAAAAAUUUAAAACGACUGUUCUGGAGUGAUCAACGCACUGGUCGUAUUGGCAGCACAACGAUCAAUGGUUUCGAGACCAACAUCUUCCGCACUGGACUGACGGAGCCUGUGAGUCUCGCAAUUGUCGGCGAUUAUGUCUUUUGGACACAGUAUAAAUCAAAUCAAUUGUUCUGGACUAGCAAAAGCGAGACGCAACAUUACCAGAAACGCAUCGCGUUGGACAUACCGGAAAGUUCGAAUAUAUUGCACUUAGUCGGGUUACGCGAAACGUAUGUAAAUGAUCACAAAUGUCGCAGAAACAAUGGAAACUGUUCUCACGUGUGCCUGGUGUCUACUCCCCGUUCUGGCAUUUGCGCGUGUCCACCCGACAUGAUGCUGAGUGCAGACAAUCGAACGUGCAUUCCUCAAACUGCCUGCAGUCGGGGUGAAAUAAAAUGCGGGGAACACGAUAUAUGCAUAAAAUUGCAUCAAAGAUGCGAUGGCGUUAAAGACUGCCCUAACGGCGAAGACGAAUCAGGCGUGUGCGGCGAACUGGAAUUGUCGAAGUGUACAAAAGACAAUCAAUUUCAAUGUAAAAGCGGGGAAUGUAUUAACAAGACGGCACGUUGCGAUUCCCAUUACGACUGUAUAGAUCGAUCGGACGAGGAGGACUGUGAUAAAAAAGAAUGCAACUCUAGUGAGUUUCAAUGUCACGAAGGAAAAUGCAUAUCAAAAUAUCUUUUAUGCGACGGGCAACCCGACUGUUCUGAUUUUUCCGAUGAAAUGGAUUGCUCCAAACACGUUUGCGACACUGAUAGUUUCUCAUGCGACAUGGGAAUGUGUAUUCCGAAAUCGUGGAACUGUGACGGUGAGGUGGACUGUCCAGACGCUUCUGACGAAAGUGAAACGUGCCAUAGACAAUCGUGUCCACCUGAAACGUUCACGUGCAGCAAUGGCCGUUGCAUAGACAAGACGUUAACGUGCGAUGGAAUCGAUGAUUGUCAGGAUUACAGCGACGAGCAAUACUGUACGCAAAAGGCUAAGGAGAAAUUCGUCAAUUGCACAGCGAACGAGUACAAAUGUUAUAAUACGGAAAUGUGUCUUCCAGAACGAGUAAGGUGCGAUGGAGUCCAGGAUUGUCCAAAGAACGACGACGAGCGUAACUGUGCUCGUUGCCAGAAAGGGGAGUACACUUGCGACAAUAAAAACUGCAUCGACAACUCGUGGGUUUGCGAUACGAUCAACGACUGCCUCGAUGGAUCCGACGAAAGAGAUUGCGACGGUAGUAAAUCGAGAAAUAUCGUUUCAAGCACGAUGUCUAAUUGCAAAGAAUUCAAGUGUUCUAACGGAGUUUGCCUGCCAUUUGAGAAAGUGUGCGACGAGAUAGCGGAUUGUUCGGAUCGAAGCGAUGAAUUUGGAGAGUGUACGCUCUCGUGCACGAAAAAUAAUCCCUGCGAAAAUAUAUGCUACAAGACACCCCUUGGCCCAAUGUGCGGCUGCCCGACCGGAUAUCGAUUGAGCAGCGAUCGAAGAUCGUGCGAAGACAUCAACGAAUGCGAACGUAACAUUUGCCCGCAAUCUUGUCACAACAAGGACGGAUCCUUCACUUGCUCUUGCUACGAGGGAUACGUGCUUCGAAGCGACAAAAUCUCUUGCAAAGUGGCUGGACCACCCAUGGAAAUAAUCUCUGUCUCUGGAAAACACAUCAGGAAAUUGUCGCAGAGUUUAAGCUCGACUACGGUCCUGCACACUGAAUUGAAUUCCGAAAUAAGUGGCAUCGACGUAAACGCGAGAAUGGAAACCAUCUAUUGGAGCAACGAUGUGUUAGGUAUGAUAAAUAAAUUACACAUAAAGAGCAAGGAACGAAAGACUAUCACCGGCCUUGGAAGACCGGAAGCGCUCGCCGUUGACUGGAUCACAGACAAUGUGUAUUUUGGCGACAACGAUCACGUGAGCAGUAUCAAGGUAUGCAAUCUAGAGGAACGGAAGUGCGCGAACCUGGUUACUAUAGGAUCACGAAUCAAGCUGAUGUCUGUUGCUGUCGAUCCAAAACAGGGAUUGCUAUUUUGGAGUCAAACAAGUUGGAUAGAGUACAACCAGCCCACCAGUGCGAUACGUAGGUCCAGUACAACGGGUUCUAGCGUAACAACGAUUGUUUCACGGAAAAUUGGUAUCGUCUACGCGAUAACGAUCGAUCACAUGAGAUAUAGACUAUAUUGGUCGGAUACUCUCUUAAAAACUAUCGAGUCUUCAAAUUUCGACGGUUCUGAUCGCGUGGAAUUCUUGAAAACGGAUGGUUAUCAAGCUCUAAGCAUGAACGUGUACGAAGAUAAUUUGUAUUGGCUGAUGGGCACCACCAGUACGUUAAACAAAUGUAAAUUAUUUGGUGACCAAUCUUGCUCGUCGAUUUCCCUUGGUAAAUCGAACAUCGAAAAAUAUUUCACGAUUUUGCAUACAUCGAGGCAACCUAUCGGAAGAAACACUUGCGAGGAUCAUAAAUGCGAUUACAUGUGCGUAUUGGAUAGGAAUAAUUCUCUAUGUAUUUGCCACAAUGGACACCCAAAUGAUUCCAAAGGCACUUGCGCAGAAGACAUAAAUACAGGAAUUAAAUUUCAUCUGAGUACGGAUAAUAAAAAAAUCAGUCGUCAACAAAAUGGAGCGUUGAUUGGAAUAAUCGUCGCGUUAUUGGGAUGCGUCAGCAUUAUGACUGUGUAUUUGUACUAUGACAAAAUCAAACCCACUUUUACGAAAAGAAAUACUCUGAAUAUUCAUUUCCAAAAUCCAAGGUACGAACGACGAAGCGAGAUACCGUCACAUAUAUCCAGUUUACCUCCGGGGGAACACGAGUACGUGAAUCCAGUGAUUAAUAUAUCAAAGAAGCAGCAGAAAGAUGAAAUAGAAAAAAGUGAUAUACAGAUAAUAAAUCUACAUUCCGAUCUGUCGGAAGACGAGACUACAGAUUCAGUGUAUAAACAUAACACUCGAUUAAUUUAUUAAGAUACAAAUAAAACUGAAC